UAUACAGUCAGGUUGACAAGCGCCAGGUGCUUCAAAGUUGGAUAGACUCGCCAUUUCUGGGUCUCUAAAACGUUGUCCACCGUCAUGGAGUACGAUAUCUAGAUGUAUUUUCAACGAAACCGUGACAAAUAUUAACUCUUAUUCGAUACUAGAAGGAUUAUCGGCGUAUUGUCUUGCGUGGAGUACAGGUGAACGGGAAGUAGUGACGCACGCACAAGCAUUAUCGUCUGUUUUACCUGGAUUACAAAUGGGCUUGCACAGUUUUUACUCAAAAGACGGAGUGUCUCCGAGCUGUAUUUGAUUAACAAAACGUUACCAUGGCAGUGUCUGUCACCUGGUUGAUACACCUGGUUUGUAUCUACAUGAUAAUUAAUCAAGGAUACAGCCAGGGUGGUGGAUGCUGCAUUCAAUGUAACACCAGUGUUACUGUGGUAACCAGAAACGCUUGGACCGCCAUAUCUACUUUGCGAUACCUUAACCCGUUCUCCUACCCCUCCAACGCAACCUGUGAUUUCAACUUGAGUCCCCAAAACCCACUUGACAUACUCCGCAUUAAGACCUCGACAUUCGACUUGGAGGAGAGCAUCGGCUGUCAAGAAGAGUAUAUCGAGAUACUAACAGAAAACUAUGCGCAUACGCCAGGCAACCGCAUCUCUCUUGGACGAUGGUGUGGACAAUCGUAUGCCAAGGUUGUGGACAUCAAAGGAGCCGUGAAGAUCAGAUAUAAGGCUGGGUCAAACACUUCGCGGGACUUCAGCAUAGAAGUCAUUGCUCAAGCAGGGAGCUUCUACCAGAGGGAGCUGACAGAGACCAUUUCAGUGGGACAAGUCCCUAUGUAUAUAUACUCUCUGGGUUACCCUUCAUCAUACCUUCAAAACCUGAAGAUGACGUGGCACCUGCAGGCAAAGGAUCGUUCUCAGCAGGUGAACGUUGAGGCGGUGGAGUUCAGCCUGGAAGGACCCGGGGACACUGGCCGCUGUCAGUUUGACAACCUGACACUCACCGCUGAUACUGGUGCACAUACCAAGGCUGUCUGGUGCGGGGCUGCCGGACAGCGGUUCUUCUCUGGCAAAAACCACGUUCAGGUUUCAUUUAGAACCGACCGCACAAAGGAGAGUACUGGUUUCCUUCUCCGCGUAUACACCACAUAUGCACAAAACACCAACUGUAACGGGAGCCGUAUUCGGGUGUUGCCGGCUCAUCACACGGCAGAACUAUUGUCUCUCACGGACAUGUACAACAACUCGAUGGCGUGUUCGUGGAUUAUACAAGCUCAGACUCAGAAUGAGGUGAUAGUGUUGGAGAUUGUAUCCUGGGAUGAAGAUGUGCUGUCAUGUGCUGACAACCCUUUCCAGAUAUUUGACGGAAGUGACGACAAGGGGAACCAACUUGUGACAAGCUGCGGGAGUGCCCGCCCCUUUGGGUUUAUACGCACUUCCGAGAACUCGGCUUACAUCAGCUCCUCGCUGAAGGUGUUAAGCCACAACAAAAUAAGAGAAGGAUUCAGGAUCAAAUAUUACUCCACAUAUAAAUAUGACUACGAGGAAUAUCACAAAGAAGCUGUAACUGCUCGAUCCUUUGUUUGGAUUCCAUCCAUGACUAAAGAUGUUCAAAGACCGGUGAUCAACAUCCGAGCUGAUGUCGAAGGGCGAUGUAUCCACAUCGAGGCUCAAGAUAAAUGGCGGCACCAGAUCACAAUGUCCUUCACAGAAUUUGUAGAUGUUUUUGAUGGUACACAGGACGGAGCCCGCCUCAUUGGCGUGUGUUCAAUACACGACCAUCCUGCCAUUUCCGGGACUGGUUCCACGUUGAAAAUCAAAGUCAAGACACCAGUACGGGACGAUGGUUUCUGGCUUGUCAUCGACACCACACAAAACUGUAACGGAGACACCGAGAUAAUCACCGUAGCAAACUCCGUCCAGAGGUUGACCUUCCCGACUACGCGGAUGAAACUGAACAACAACUUCCCCAGCAACACCAACUGCAAAUGGAGGCUGCGCACAAAUGGCAACAGGGGUCUCACGUACCUGGAAGUGUAUGAUUUGUUAUUGUCCAUGACAACAUGUGAUGAAAACUAUCUAAUGGCUUCGAGCGACAACGAUCAAACACAAGAAAUCAAGACAUGGUGCAAUACUCAACACGGAAAUGUAACCUCCCUCGGUGACAUCUUUCUCAUGGUCGAAGUCAAUAACUUCCGGUCCGAACGGAAGUUCACAGCCAAAUUCUGGCGGGAGUCGGGCUACAGCUGUGAGGACAGGAAGCUGUCCGCAUCUACUCAAUGGAACUACCUGACUUCACCUGGAUUUCCGGCCAACUAUCCAAACAACGCCAACUGCAGCUGGGUGAUCAGCAGUCGGCUCACCACAGAUAACAUCAAGCUGGAGUUCAUACAGAUUAAUACACACAGCUGCGACCAUGACGUCAUCAACGUGUACGAGGGUACCUCAACCAGUCAACUCCGAGGCAAGAUGUGCGGGUCAGGGUAUGCGACCUCUACACUUCAGUCCUUUGGCUCAAGCCUUUAUAUAACUUUCACGACGGACAGUACCAUUACCGACACGGGCUUUAAACUAGCUUAUUACAGCGUCCAUCCCUCAGGAGAGACUCCCGAUGUUGUAAGGAUCCCGGCCAGCGAAGACAUCGCGACACUAAACUCACCGGACUACCCGUUGUCGUACCCAAGGAAUAUGAGGAGGUUCUGGGUGAUUACAGCGUCAAGCGACGACGUGGUGACCGUGCAACGUUCAACAACGUACGGGUCCAGCAAGAGACAGUGCAGAAACAGACAUGACACCCUAGCAGUCCACGACGGUGUAAGCGAAACAAAGCCUUUGCUGGGCUAUAUCUGUCACAUCGACCUUCCAGUUGACGCACAUAUGGUCUUCCAAAGCAGUGGACAAUUUUUGUAUCUGUCCCUCUUCUCAUCUGACAGCAUCGUCGAAUCCGGCUACGUCGGAACUUUCAGCGUCACCUAUUUCAGCGGACAGGCUCAGCGCGCCUGUCUUCCUGGUGAGAUGGAGUCAUUGCGCACACAGGCCUACUGGCAGUAUCUGAAGUAUCCGGUGAGGGGAGAGUAUCCAAGACAUGCCCACUGUGCGUGGAAACUGUGGACCGACAACCCCAACUCCACCAUCGUUGUGGAAGUGACGGUAUCCAACCUGGAAGUGUCUUACAGCUGCAAAUACGACGCAGUCCGGGUUUUUGAUGGUUACAACACCCUGAGUCCCGAGACGGGGGUAUUCUGUGGCAAGCAGACCCCCACGUUCUACAGCAGUGGUCGCUACCUCUUCCUGUUGUUCGUCAGCGAUGACUUGAACCAGGGUAGCGGCUUCACCCUCAGAUACAGAGUAAAACCGGACGUCGAGGAGCCAGACGCCGAAAAGCAGAAAUCAGAUGGUCUACUUAUAGGCGCGACUGCAGCAGGAGUCUUCCUUCUCAUCGUUACAAUCACAUGCUUUUUCUGCAUCCUGGGCAAAUUGAGACGUAAGCCACCACAGCCACGACAGUCAGCUCCGCCAUCACACACGGACCCCCCUGCGUACAGCCGCAGCAACAGCACCGUCUACGUUGUGUCGCCUAUAUUUGUAGGUGCUACCAACCCGACAGCCUCGGACCCGCCACCUUAUCCCGGUCUCACUAACCCAGCGUACUCCAGUUCGCUGGAUGACCUUCCGCCUUCUUACCCUGGUAAUGAGCACGCACAACCACUGAGCCCACAAUUCCAUGCGCCACCUAGGGGGAAUGAACACGUGUAUGACGACGUCUUUUCAGACGUGCCCAGCAACCUCCCGGCUCCACCCCCGUAUGCAGUUACAGAUACAAUACCACAAGAAAGCCCUCCGGAGUACGAGACUGUCGUGUCCCAGGCGCCGCAGAAGGAAACAGACAUGGGAAAAUACUCUGGAACGCAGAUGCACCAACAAGCAAGAUCUCGAUCUGAUCAGGGAGAACAUGGCCGAGGUAGCACAUCGUCUCCGCGUUCACAUCCACUAACGUAUGAAUUGCUCGGACCCGUUUAAGUCCGAAUGUUAAGUGUGAAUGUUUUGUGACAAAAACAUGCUCAAUACCAUUUCUUGUCCAGUCUUUCAUCAGAGCUACGGAGGAAUCAUCACUGCUUCGGCAUUUCAAAUCGUAUUCAAAGACAACUUACGAUCUGACUUCUGUUUUAAGUCUGCCGUUCAUCCAAAAGUAUUUGGAUGAGAUAAUGUUUAAAGCAUUAGUCUGUCAAGGAUCUGCUGUUCAUAGUACCCUCUUAUCAUGACCCUUGGUCUGUCAGCAACGUACCCGUGCUCAAGUUAACGUUUCCUUCCACAUAAAUAUUUUCCAAGGGGGCGUUAAACACAAAUCACCUUAUAACUUAUCCACAAGGUACAUACGAUCUUCUGAAGUAGCUGGAUGUCAUCUGGAAUCUCCAAUGCACGUAGAGGGCGCGUCGAAGUGUAAUGAUUCUCCCAGUGUAAUGAUUUUUUAUGUUUAUGUUCUAUGCUAUUUUAGCACACCGGCUCCCGACUGCUGAGUUGAAUAUCCCAUUUAAAAGGCCAGACAAAUGGUGCUUAAUGUCAUAUAUAUUUUAAAUAGGAGCACGUAACCUCCAGCUAUAUUCCCGGGACCAAGGACUCACGUAAGGCAACAGUUAUUCAGCACUGAAUGUAAGUCAUCCUUGUUGUAGUGCUGUUUAUCAUAUAUUUUGUUCGUGUGUAUAUGAUCCCCGAUAUAUUGCUUUUCUAUUGUUACAACAUUUAUUUUUAGAUCUGUUUCAUUCAAAAGGAUUUUAUUGACUGAUCCAUUACUUGAACGUGAGCAUAGAAUUACCCACACUUUUAAGGCAUUAGUUCUAUUAUAUAUUCAUAUGUACAGAGGCUUUAUUUCUGUAUGUAUGAGGGAGUGAGUAUGAUUUUACGCCCCUUUUAGCAAUAUUCCAGCAAUAUCACGGCGGGGGACACCAGAAAUAGACUUAACACAUUCCACCCAUGUCGGGAAUCGAACCCGUGUCUUCAUCUUGACGAGCGAACACUUUAACCACUAGGCCACCUAACCGCCCCCUAUGUAUGAAACCGAUGUAUGUAGAUACACAUAUAUGUUGUAAGGAUAGUGCAAAUCACGGCCUCAUCCUUGCUUUUCCUUUGUAUGUAGUGACUGCUGGCGGUCUGUUCAUUCCUUCUCCCGUGUCAUAUGUUUCCUGGCUGAUACUUACCGUAUUCUAAGCUGGGUAACAAACAUGUCUAUACUUAUGCGAAGUCUGUCGGAAAUUGUCCACUUCAAAAUACCACCUGCUAAAACACGCACCGUACACUUUCUAAUGACGUAAAUAGUAAAAGUAGUGUUUUAUACAGAAUUUUGAAACCUUUAUUUGUACUCGCCUUUUAUACAGGCAUUUGUUCAUAUACUUAACCUAAGGUGUAAACCUAACCGACCCCUGCGCCGAUUGUAUGAAGUUUACUGAAAUAGUAUUUUAAUCAAGACGUAAGAUUUUUAUACAUCUGUUGAUAAGAACCACAUAUUGGAAGCCUCGCCUAAAGAAAACGUUUAAUUUGUGAAAGAGAGUUGGGCUAGUAAUGCUAACUUUACCACGACACAUGAAAGAUGCCAUUGUUGACCGAUAGGUUUGAGCAUUUGAGUUACGCAUGCGCCCAAUAGAUGUAUCUGUACCGAAUAGACCACAGAAUAUACCUGCACGAACUGAUCAUGAACUAAUCAUGAAAUUAUCAUGUACAAAUCAUGUACAAACAAUUGAAAUUCGAUCCAAUGUUUAAAUCCCCUUUCUGUUGUGACGAAUCCUUGAUUAUUCAGUUAUAUUAUAUCAAUAAUUUUAUAAUUUAAUAAUUAUGAAUAAAGUUAUGAUAAAUAAUAAACGGAUACACUGGACAAUCGGGAAUGAGUAUCUAUUUGCAUAUGAACGCAUAAUAAUACAUUGCUAUAUGCUAUAUGCAAUCACAGCUAUUAUUCCGGUCGACAUGGACACCACACUGAACUGUCUAUAACUGAAUGAAAGAAAACUCGAGUAGAUGUUUUACAAUGCAUAUGAUUGUUACCAUAUAGUGAACAAUAUUUGAUGUGUUUUGGAUUGUGUUCUUUGUAUUGUAUUCGUACACGUUAAUGCAUACAUUAUGUAUUCUAUAGUUAUAAGUAAGUAGAUAUGUUAAUAUAUAAAACGUGUAAUUAUUUCAAGAAUGUGUUGUGCAGGGUAUUUGGCUUUUUCAGCGAAUAUUACGCUUUUGAUGACGCAUAUCUAUUGAAACAUGCAAGUGAUGAUUGAUUGUGUCAGUACAUGACGUGUGUGUGGCAUGGAUAUGAAUCAGGUGUCAAUACGAAUUAUUUCAGCAUAAUAACAAAUAGCACAUAACAUCAAAUUUUCACAAAUGUAUGAAUAUGUAUGUGAAAUAUUUUUCAAUAAAAUGAACAAUCAUAA